CAGCGAUGGGGGAAGGUCUGUCAGUAUAUCUCUUUCCCGGCUGGGCCCCAGAGCAAGAGGAGCAGUCGCGGCGGCUCCCUCCACCGCCCCUUUGUCUUUCUCUGGGUCUCCUCACCCCAAGGUUGGUGCUGUAAUUUCCGCGAAGGCUUGGUUAGUCGAGAGCCUUUCAGUCCGGUGGAAAAUGCUUGGGGCAAUGUUCCCCCUCGCUUGCUCCAUGCUGGUAGUUUGCUCCUGCUUGGCCGAAAGGGAACUUGCAGCGUUGACGCAGGACCAAUUGCCCUACUUCUUGAGAAAAGGAAUAUUUAUUAUUCAAAGUGAGAAUUUGAGUACAUGCAUUACCGCUGAAACAUCCGAGCUCAUCCUUGAAAACUGCAAUCAAGUUUCUAAACACAUGUUGUGGAAAUGGGGUUCUAAACAGCAGCUUUUCAACAUAGGCAGAAGCAGAUGCCUGGGGCUGAACCUCAGUAACCCGGAGCCCUCACUAGUAAUGACACAAUGUGACUCUCCUCGGUAUUUGCUGCAGUGGCGGUGCCAUGGGAAGGCACUUAUUGGGGCAUCACAGUUCAAAUUAGCAGUUGAAAAUAGCAGAUUUAUUGUAGUUAAAAGGAUUUCCAACUAUGGAUGGAAACAGUUCAUGUCACAUGAUGACCUUUGUGAACAUGCAUUUGAAGAAAUGUAUACCCUGUUGGGAAAUUCCCUUGGUUUGCCGUGUGUUUUUCCAUUUAAACACAACAAUAAAUGGCACUAUGAAUGUAUCAGAGAUUUCAGAGAAGAUGGCUAUCCUUGGUGUGCCACAACAAGCCACUAUGAACAAGAUGAAAAAUGGGGAUUGUGCCCAAAUUCUGGGUCUGGCUGUGAUAUUUUUUGGAAGAUAAAUGCAGAUACUCAGAUUUGUUACCAGAUCAAUCUUCUUUCUGUUCUCUCCUGGAAUGAGGCACGUGUGGCAUGUCAGGGACAAGGAGCAGAUCUGCUAAGUAUCACAGAUAUGAAGGAACAGGAGUAUAUUGGUGGUCUAAUUGAGCAACUGAACACAAAAGAAGCUAUGAUAUGGACAGGCUUAAAUCAACUAGAUGAAACUGCUGGCUGGCAAUGGUCAGAUGGUGCACCUCUGGCUUUGGUGAACUGGCUAAAGGAUCCCAUUGACGGUUCUCUAGGACCAGCUCAUUGUAAAGCUUUUAAUUUAAAAAUACAGAAUGAUUGGCCAAGUUACUCAUGUGAGUCUAGACUACCAUAUGUAUGCAAAAAAUACUUAAAUGCUACUGACCAUGAAGCAGUUGGUUCCUGGAAAUUUUAUCCUACUAUCUGUGACAGUAAUUGGUAUCCACAUAAUAAUUACUGCUAUAAACUUCAUAAAGAAGAAAAGAACUGGAAUGAAGCAUUUUUCUCCUGCCAGGAUGAUAAUAGCACACUCAUUAGCAUAACCUCUUUGGCUGAUACAGAGAUGCUUAUUAACCUCCUUCAAUACGAAAAUGUGACAGACACUUGGAUUGGACUAAGCUGUAAUAAGACUCCUGUUGACUUUGAAUGGUCCGAUGGAUCUGCCGUAAUCUUCACCUACUGGAAUAAACAAGAACCAAAUAUUCUUCAGAAGAAAGGACAGAUAUGCGUUUCGGCUCAGCAACAUGAAGGACGGUGGAAAAUUAAAAAUUGUAAAAGCAGAUAUUUUUAUAUUUGUAAAAGAAGAGGGAAUAUAGGCAAUCACAUUUCUGAAGUGGAAUCAGGCUGUCCAGAGGGAUGGGAAAGACAUGGUGCAUAUUGCUACAAGGUUGAUACCAUCCCUCGAAGCUUUGAACAUGCAUCGAAUGGCUAUUACUGUCCUUCACUUGCAACGAUAACGAGCAGGUUUGAACAAGGUUUCCUGAACAGCAUGAUUCAUCAUCAAGGGAACACUGACAGUCCUUAUUUUUGGAUAGCACUUCAAGAUCUAAAUAAUACAGGGGAAUAUACUUGGCUCACUGAAGAUAGAAAACAUCAUCUUGCGAUCUAUACAAACUGGAGAAAGUAUCAACCCAGAUAUCCUGGAGGAUGUGUUGUUAUCCGACAGGAAGAACCCAUCGGCAUGUGGGAGGUGAAAAAUUGUGCAACCUUCAUGGCUAAAUCAUUGUGUAAACAAGAAGCUUCUUUCCAUGAAAAAAGUGAUAGCAAUAAACAACCAAAUUAUGAGGAAAGUUUUAAUUCUUGCAUGCGUGGAUGGGAAUCAGACCAUUAUCUGCUGAAUUGCUACAAGAUCAUCUGUAUAAAAAAGGUAUUCCAUAGUGAAAAAGUAUUAAUGAAAAGAACUUGGGAGGAAGCAGAAACUCUGUGUCAAGAUUUUGGAGCACAUCUUGCCAGUUUUAAACAAGUCCUUGAAGAGGAAUUUUUAAACAAACUUUUAAACACAAUGUUUCAUAUAGAUGAUGAAAGACAAUUCUGGAUUGGAUUUAGCAAAAGGAAUCCAUUAUCUGGAAGAUCCUGGGAAUGGUCUGAUGGAACUCCUGUUUCAUCUGCCUUUUUAGAGAAAGCGUCUAUUGAAGAUAAUGUGAAAAACUGUGCCGCAUAUAAAACUAAUGGAACUGUUUUGCCACUGCACUGCAAUUCAGAACAUGAAUGGAUAUGUAAAAUACCAAAAGGUGUGAAACCCAAGACUCCACAAUGGUAUAUUAAUGAGUUACCAUGGUUUUAUUAUCAAGGAGCAGAAUACCUUUUCUAUGGCAGCCCCUCAAACUGGGACAGUUUUCAGUUUGUGUGUGGUUGGCUCCGUGGGGAUAUAGCAACCAUACAGUCCUCUCAAGAACAAGAAUUUAUUCAAAACAGAAUAAAAAAGAUUUCAAAAAAAAGUAGCAAUUGGUGGAUUGCAUUGCGUUCAGAAUUACCCAGUGAAGAAUUUCGAUGGACAGAUGGCUCACUAUUAUCAUAUCAGAACUGGGCAGGAGAUCAAGAGAGACCAAAGCCAGCGCAAGGGCCAAAAUGUGCUUUUAUUUCUUCCCAGACAGGACAAUGGGGCUUUGCAAAUUGUACCAUUUCUCUACCUUGUAUCUGCAAGCGCCAAAAUGUACAAAUUACUGAAAGAGAAAUUUUGAAAGAAGAAUAUCAAGGAACAUGUCCUAAAGGAUGGCUGUACUUUGGAUUCAAGUGUUUCCUGGUGCAGAUUCCAAAGGAUUCAGCCCAUUUAAAAAGUUGGCAUUCCGCUCAAAAAACCUGCAGCUACUAUGAUGCAUCACUUGUGUCAGUUGAAAAUGAAGUUGAACAAGCUUUCAUUGCAAUGAACUUACUUGGACAUAAAUCUAAUGUCUGGAUUGGUCUGCAGAGUGAUAGUUAUGAAAAAUGGCUUAAUGGACAACAAAUGGAAUAUGCCAACUGGUUUCCAGCACAGAAUCAUUACAUUGGUGAUACUGAAAAAAAAGAUGUCCUAUGUACCUCAAUAUUAAAUAAUCCAAGUUUCAGUUUAAUGGGAAAGUGGUACCUUGAAAGCUGUGAGAACAAAAAUGGGUUUGUCUGCCAGAAAGUUCAAGAUACUUCUAGACACAUCAUUGAUCCUUCGGUGAUGUACCCAAUCCCGGAUACUUUAGAAUAUGCAAAUAGUACAUAUACAUUGAUCAAUGGCAGUAUGACUUGGAACAUGGCUUCACAAAUGUGCAAAAAAAAUGGGGCUGAAUUGGUCAGCAUUACAGACUACUACCAUCAAGCUUUCCUUACCGUAAUAAUAAAUCGAGUGGGUUACGCUCACUGGAUUGGAUUGUUCACUUCAGAUGAUGGCCUUCCCUUUGAGUGGUCAGAUGGCACCAGGCCUUUUUUUACAUUUUGGGGAGAAGAGGAAACACAAAGUCCGGGACACUGUGCUUACAUUGAUACUAAUGGACACUGGAAAAAUACUGACUGUGAAAAGCUUUUGAGUGGUGCAAUUUGCCAUAUUUCACCAAAGAAUAAAUCAAUGGAAAAUAAGGAAUUGUGUGUUGAAAAGACUGUACCUUGGAUAAGGUUUGACAGAAAUUGCUAUAGCUUUUCCACUGUUUUUGAGAAUCUGAACUUUUAUGAAGCAUUGGAGUUUUGCAGUAGGCAAGAUUCUAAUCUUCUAACAAUCAAAGGCAGAGAUGAAAAUAUUUUUAUUUUAGAAGAACUGCAUUCUUUUGGCUCUGUGGUUGAAAUGAUUUGGUUGAAUACUCACUUCCUUAUGGAUAAUGCUACUGUGAUAUGGCUUGAUGGCUCUCCAGUUCAGUAUUCAAACUGGGGCACUGAGCAACCUGAAGUGGGUCAACGGAAAGAUAACAGCUGCAUUGUUUUAACAACUGCAGAUGGAAUCUGGAAAUUAUUACCUUGUCAUGAGAAAAAAGGAUUUGUAUGUAAAGCCAAAACAGGUUAUCAUGAGACUGCAGUACCACCAGCGAAAGUAUCCUAUCCUAGGAUAGUCAUCCUGGUGAUAUUAUCUGCAUUGCUGAUAGCUGUAAGUGCUAUAGUGAAAUGUUUGUGGUGGCCCAGUCGCAUAUCUAGAACUACAAUGUGCUUCAGAAAUGCUUGCCUUGGAGAAGCCCACUCUGAAGUUCCUGUUGCCGAAGAAAGCAUUCUCAUUUCCAACCUGGAGAGGAAUGAUGUUCAUAAUGCAACCUCAUCCAUUUAGUAUAACUAAUGGUGCUGCAAAUGGGUGCCCAUAUUUGUAAAGAAGAAUAAUUUCAUGAAUUGAUUACAUCAUAUGGUUACACUUAAGGCAUUUCACUCCUUCCAAAUUUAAGAUAGUCCAAAAAAUGUUUUGAAUGGAACAAGAUUGGUAAAAAGACUCAAUAAGACCCACCUGAAGGCAGGAUAAGAAGCAAUGGAGGAAAACUAAUCAAAGAGAGAAGCAACCUAGAACUAAGGAGGAAUUUCCUGACGGAACAAUUAAUCAGUGGAACAACCUGCCUCUAGACAUUGUGGGG